UAUUACACGUAUGUGCAAUGCGAAUCACAUGUCAGUUUAAAUAACAAAUUCUGAAGCGGCCGGAAAGAAAAUCCCCACCACCACCGGAGCAGAUUAUACGUUUCAUCUCGCCACUGCUCCACCUUAAAAUAUCAUCCUUCCUUCCCUCUCAGGAGGGCAGAAUCCGGCCAUCGCCACUAAGCGCCACCACCACCACAGUUGUUUCUGCAUAACCAGAGCUUAGAAUCAAAGAGAAGAGGAGGAGGAAAUGCCUUCGCUCCUCACUCCUUACUCUCUGCCUCCUGUACUGAGACCCCAUCGGCCACGUCCGUCCCCAAUCCGCGGGAUUCCUACGAGGAGGAACGACUCCUUCUUCCGUACGCCGAGAGACAGGAACGCCUUGGUGGUCGUCGCGAAGCUCGGGCUCGACCAAUUUCCGGACUCGCCUGAGGACUUGGACGCCUUCGUUAGGUUCACUCAGGACGCGUCGUCGUCGUUCGAGCGGUUGGUUGGGCGAGCGGAGGGCGCGAUUUACGCGCUGUCGGAUGCGGCGGUGGAGACCGUCAAUAGCGUGAACGAGAAGCAGGGUGGGGAUUGGUUUUCCGGGAUCACGUACGUGUUGGAGAGUGUUCUCAAGGUCUUGAAGGAUGGGCUCUCUGCUUUACACGUCCCAUACUCUUAUGGCUUUGCAAUAAUUCUCCUUACAGUGCUUGUCAAGGCUGCUACGUUUCCUUUGACUAAGAAACAGAUUGAGUCAACUCUUGCUGUGCGAACUCUUCAACCACAGAUAAAGGCCAUCCAAAAGCGUUUUGCUGGUGAUCAGGAAAGGAUACAACUAGAAACGGCUCGCUUGUAUAAAUUAGCUGGAGUCAACCCACUUGCAGGAUGUCUACCAACUCUUGCAACCAUUCCUGUGUGGAUAGGACUUUACCGGGCUCUCUCAAAUGUGGCAGAUGAGGGCCUCCUAACAGAAGGCUUUUUCUGGAUUCCUUCUUUGUCGGGCCCAACUACAAUUGCAGCACGACAAAAUGGCAGUGGAAUCUCUUGGCUUUUUCCUUUUGUGGAUGGACAUCCACCUCUUGGAUGGUCAGAUACCUUAGCCUAUCUUGUUUUGCCUUUGCUAUUAAUUGCAGCACAAUACAUCUCAGUUCAGUUAAUGCAGCCACAACAGGUUGAUGAUCCAAAUCAAAGGACUUCUCAAGCUUUAACAAAGUUCCUUCCUUUAAUGAUUGGCUAUUUUGCACUUUCAGUGCCGUCAGGCCUGAGUCUUUAUUGGCUCACAAAUAACAUCUUGAGCACUGCACAACAGGUUUGGCUUCUGAAGCUUGGAGGUGCGAAAAAUCCAGUGAAGGAGUUCAACAGUAAAACCAUUAGUCCAGUAAAAGAAAUAGCAGAAAAACCUGCAGUAAAUUCUAACCAAGUUAAGGCUUCGGUAGAAGAAACAAAAUCUGAUUCCGAAGGUCUCCGUCCUGGUGAAAGGUUUAAGCAGAUAAAAGAACAAGAGGCAAGGAGAAGAAAAGAAAGGGAAGAGGAAGCAACGAUGAAGGCAGAGGAGGCAAUUAAGGCAGAAAAAAUGGCUGGAUCUCACAUGGAUGAUGGUAUUUCCAUUACAAGUGAAGAAAAAGGUCCAAAGGUAUGUCAUUGUCGUGAGGAUGUGGUCGAAGCGGUUAAUGGUACUGGGAAUCUGGUUCCAUCCGAUUCUUCAGCUCUUAGGAGAAGCGACGUACCAGGCCAGAGAGAGGAAGUCUAGAAGACAUCAGUUCAACGUGAGGAAUUACAGCUGCAAAAAUUGGCUUUCAGAAAUGAAGGAGAUAUUAUUUCUGCAAAACAAUUCAGCAUAAGAAUUUGCAACCAGCUCAUCGUCUUGGGUAGGAAGUGUCUACCUAACUGUGAUUAAAUGCCGGUUCUGAUACAAGAAAUUCUGGCAACCAACACGAACACGAGUAAAGGCCCUUUUAUGGGGACUACAUCACAUUAUCGACAAGAGAACUAUCUACUAUGACAUUCUUGAGAUCUACAUGCGGCAAAAAGCAGCGGGUUUUUGGCGUCUGAAGGGCACAUUCAUUUCAGAGUCUUUGUUAUGUCGUAAACUUAUGUGAUUCACUGCUAUAAAUUCAUUGUGGUAAAAAUGAAUAAUGUGAGAUAUGGUCCUGUCCUGCGACAAGUUUAUGCCCCCCUGAUUGUAUAAAUUAAUCGGUGCAUAAUGUGAUAACUUCCUUUUAUGGUGA